AUGGCUCGUAAGGGACAAGUAUCUAUACAAGAUAAUGUUGAGAAUAAUGAAGAAUUUGAAGAAUAUAUAAAUGCUAAUUUAAAUAAGCUUAUAUGUAUGGAAGUGUAUUCAGAUUUCUGCGGUCACUGUCUAGCUACUGGUAACUCUAUCCGGAAAGGUAAACUCGAAAUAGGACAGGAGCGUAUUUGUAUGGUAAAGGCUUUAGCGGACAAUAUUGAUGCCUUAACAAGAUUUAAGAACAAAAGUGAACCGACCUUCCUUUUUAUUUUUAAAGGUAAAUUAAUACGUGCUAUGUUUGGAGCUAAUGGUGUGGAACUGUGUCGUAUUAUAGAAGAAGAAAUAGGACACAUGCAGCGAGAGUUAGACACGGGUGUCGUAAGACCGAAACGAGAAAUUCAUGAAUUAUUACCGGAGGAAGCGGCUAAAAUAGAGGAAGACUUGAAACUUGAAGAAAAUUUACGUGAAGCAACUGAUAGACUUCGUGUGUUGACGAUUGCUGCGAGAAAGAAGCGAAUCUGUGAACGUCUUGCGAAAUACGUGAAAGACUUGAAUUUCAUCCUUUACUGGCCACAUUGUCAUAAAGCUCAUUUAGACUUAUACGAAAAGUGGGAUUUGAUUAAUAUCCAAGUAGCUGCUAAAGAAACAAUCCAUAUAACUGAAGAAGGUGUUAAGGAGGCGCUAUACAUGAGCGACGUGGAUCCAAACGAAGCCUGCGUCUACGCUCUAAUGAAGGACGAGGCUUUAGUUGUGUUGUUUAAGAAAUUCGACAACGACGAUCGUGAUUUUGUCAAACUAAUGCGACAUACGUUGUACGAGGAGAUACCUGUGCCUAAAGAGGACGUGCCUCCUGAGAAACAAGUGCCACCGAUCCCAGCAUAUGAACGUUAUGCCACAAUUAGUAAAACAGCAAGAGAAGUCCGAAGGGAGAGGUAUGAAGCCAAAAUGCAAAAAUUGCGUGAAGAAAAAGAAGAUAGAGAAAGACUGGCAGCUGAACAAGCCCGCCUAGCAAGAGAAGCCGAAGAAGAAAAACAGAGAAUUGAGAAACAAAGACAAGAAGAGGAGAGAAUGGCUAGAAUACAGGCCGGGCUACCAGCGGAACCUGAGCCAGUAGCAGGAGAAGAAGCAGUUGAAGGCGAGGAGACUGAAGUCGCAGAUACUGAAGUUACCGAAGAUUAUGAAAAAUUAGAAGAAGAAAUAGAAGAGGAAUUCCACUCCGACGUAGAAGUAGAAGGUGAGGAAUAUAUACCACCAGGCGGACUCUUUGUACCUGGAUUAUAUUCACCUCCGAAUAUAUUAGCUAAAGCUAACGGAUUAUCUUUCUUCUACCCAAAGAUUGUGUCUCAAAUAACACCAAUAGAAUCCGAAUAUUUACCUCCUCACGUGCUAGUGAUGUUCGGUAUUGAUAAACGGCAUGAAGUCAAGGAAGUGAUGGAGCAAUUUCGUAGUGAAAUACUUAAUUAUGGUAUCUUCAUUGGUGACGACCCAAACACUGCAGAACACCUUGCUUAUACGAUAAAACAAUAUGACAAGAUAACGAGAGUAAGAAGGCAUAAAGAUCGUCUUGCCCUGAUGGUGUCGCGAAAACGAAGUCUUCCACUCCUGCAGCUGGCGGGAUUGAAUCCAUGCUACAUCAGCAGCGACGUCGUCUCAGGAGAGAGAGAUUGUCUGACACUCUUUCCAGUUGGUUAUGGAGAUGAGUAUGAAGAAGAGGAGAGUGUUGCAGAAGAGGAAGUCAAGGAAGUUGUCCUCGAGCAGGAAGCGGAGCCAGAGGAGGUCGUCGUCGCUGAACAAGUUGAAGAAGAGGAAGAUGAGGAAGAGGACUGA